CCUUCCCUUUCACUAACUCUAAUCAUUCCAAAAAAAUUAGCAAAGCUAAACCAAACCCUUCUCUACUCUCAUGGACAGCCUACAGAGCUCAACACCAAACCAAAAAGAAACUUUCCAUGAAAAUAAAGAGAGUGGUUGUACUAGUACUAGGGCGAUCAAGGUUCCGAAAAAAGCAAAGAUUAAUGGAAGGAGGUUCCUAGGAGUGAGACAAAGGCCAUCAGGAAGAUGGGUGGCUGAGAUCAAGGACUCAUCACAGAAUCUGAGACUAUGGUUGGGAACUUUUGAUAGAGCAGAAGAGGCUGCAUUGGCUUAUGAUAAGGCUGCAAGGGUUUUGAGAGGAAGGAAUGCAAAGACCAACUUCCCAUCAUCUCAUCAGCAGCAUGGAAUGAACUUCAUGAAUAUACAUGAAGAAAAUUGCAACAUAUUGAAGAAGAAUCCGCGGCUUUAUCAGCUGCUUCAGCACGCGAUCAUGAAGAAUCAUGCAGCAAUUGCAAGGUCCUCAUCAUCGUCGACGAUCAUAGGAUCAAAGGGGGGUCAGUUUGAUUCAAACAAUAACUUUGAUGCACUUGUUGAAGAAACUAUAGUGUGCUCUUCAUCAACAAGUACUGCUUCUGAUGUUCAAGAUCAUGAUGAUUACCAUUGCGCACUUUCGUUUGGUACUUCUAAGGUUUAUUCUUCUGUUGUUGUUGCUCCUACCUUCAGUGCUACUUCAUGAUGAUCAAUGUGAACGAAAAAAGGUUAUCAAGAGGCGUCCAUAGUCACUUCAUUAAGUUGCUUUGUGUUGAAUCCUAGCAUGUUUUGAGAUAAAUAUGAUGAUCAAAGA